UCUAACUUUCAAAAUAACACUCUGAAGAAGCGUUUCCCCUCUUUCUCGAACCCUAACUCUGUUCUCGAACUCUAGAACUCUUGUUCUCUCUCUCGACUCUCUUUCCCCUCUUCAUCAAUCCUUCAUCAACCAUUCAUUCACCUCUCCUCUCCAACCUUCAGUCAGCUCCCGUGUCGAGCCUUCGUCUGAAACCUUCAGUCACGUCCCCUCUGGAUCGUCUCUUCUCUGCAGCUGUAAAUCAUUCUUCUCUGGAGCCCUAAAUCUGACGUAGUUGGAUUUUGACGAGGCAUCGAUUGAGGCUGCUGUGUUGCGGUAUAAGCUGAGACGUAGAACUUGGUGCUGCGAAGGCCGAAGGAACCACAAAAAGGCCAAGAAAUCCAGUUCUCAAGUUCAUUGCUAGUGGCAUUGGAGUAGCAGCAAUUUCUAGGUCAAAUUUCUCCCAAACCUUUGACAUAUCAGAGAGAGGUGUUAGGGUUUUUCUUCCUUCUCCCUAUACUCGCCCUUUUCUCUCUUUUCUUCUUCGCGCAGGAAUCAACCCUCUCCAGUCGCACCACCAUCUCUCAGCGCCGCUCUUCAACCACGCACUCACGGUGGUAACCACCCCAGAUUUCAGUUAUGGAGGAGCAAUUCAUACUUAGAGUUCCACCGAAUGUGGCAGAGAGAAUAGAGCGGCUUUUGAAUGAAACUGAUCCUUCUUCAUCUGAAGACAAGUCAUUAGAUUUAUCAUUUAGUGAGGAUGGAAGGAGUGGUACGUUUAUGAUUGGGAAUGAACACUUCCCAGCUUCUCUAUUGGACCUUCCUUGUGUUGUUGAAUCCUACAAGACAUAUGAUGAUAACUCUUUGAUUAAGACUGCUGACAUUGGUCAGAUGAUUAUGGUUCGGGAAUCUGGUGAUGCUGCUCCAGAUGUAAUUGAGUAUAGGCAUGGUCUCACCCCGCCGAUGAGAGAUGCUCGCAAGCGUAGAUUUCGCAGGGAGCCCGAUCUUAAUCCUGAGCUUGUGUCCCGUGUUGAGAAAGAUCUCCUCAAAAUCAUGGCUCGAGGAACAGCUGAAAAUCUUGAUGCAGAAGCCGCUGAACAAGAAGUGGAGGAAAAUGCCCGAGGUGCUAACAAAAAAGUUGCACCUAAGCCUGCACCAAAGCAUGAUGUUCCAGAGAAUCUUACAAAUGCAGGGGAGCCUGACAGGAGUGAUUCUGAAGAAUCUGAUGAUUCAGUCUGACCCAAAUCAACCUCCAAAUAGUAUUUAUAUUACAAUGAUGAAAUGAAAGCCUGUAUAUUAUAACUGCUGUUAAAUUUGAAUUACGUCCACCCUUAAAAUCAACUUUAGUGGAUUUUCCAUUGUAGGUGUUUGUAUGUACUUUUGUAUAUUUUAUCAAAUGGUGCAUUUUCGUGGCA